GCCACUUCCGCUAUAUAAAGCUUCUUCUCCUCUUCUUUCAUCUCAUCUUCAUCUUAUUAAUUGAAAUCCUUUCUUUUCUACGAUUCUCAAAAAAAACCCUUUCCUUGAUAACCUUCCAGCAUGCAGAUCUUCGUGAAAACACUCACCGGCAAGACCAUAACUCUCGAGGUCGAGAGCUCUGAUACCAUCGAUAACGUCAAGGCUAAGAUCCAAGACAAGGAAGGAAUUCCACCUGAUCAGCAGAGGUUGAUCUUCGCCGGAAAGCAGCUUGAAGACGGCCGCACCUUGGCCGACUACAACAUCCAGAAGGAGUCGACUCUCCACCUCGUCCUUCGUCUCCGUGGAGGCAUGCAGAUCUUUGUCAAGACUCUCACCGGUAAGACCAUAACUCUUGAGGUUGAGAGCUCUGACACUAUUGAUAACGUCAAGGCCAAGAUCCAAGAUAAGGAAGGGAUCCCUCCUGACCAGCAGAGGCUGAUCUUCGCUGGAAAGCAGCUUGAGGAUGGCCGCACUCUCGCUGAUUAUAACAUUCAAAAGGAGUCCACCCUCCACCUGGUUCUGAGGCUUCGUGGGGGUAUGCAGAUUUUUGUGAAGACUUUGACUGGGAAGACAAUUACUCUGGAGGUUGAGAGCUCUGAUACAAUUGAUAAUGUCAAGGCAAAAAUUCAGGACAAAGAAGGUAUUCCACCAGAUCAGCAGAGGCUUAUCUUUGCAGGGAAGCAAUUAGAGGAUGGGCGCACACUUGCUGAUUACAAUAUCCAGAAGGAAUCCACCCUCCACCUUGUGCUUCGUCUCCGUGGUGGUAUGCAGAUUUUCGUGAAAACCCUGACCGGCAAGACCAUCACUCUCGAAGUCGAGAGCUCCGAUACCAUCGAUAACGUUAAGGCUAAGAUCCAAGACAAGGAAGGAAUUCCACCGGAUCAGCAAAGAUUGAUCUUUGCUGGAAAACAGCUUGAAGACGGCCGCACCUUGGCCGACUAUAAUAUCCAGAAGGAGUCAACUCUCCACCUUGUCCUCCGUCUCCGGGGCGGCAUGCAGAUCUUCGUUAAAACCCUCACCGGCAAGACCAUAACUCUUGAGGUCGAGAGCUCUGACACAAUUGAUAACGUCAAAGCCAAGAUCCAAGAUAAGGAAGGGAUCCCUCCUGACCAGCAGAGGCUGAUCUUCGCCGGAAAGCAACUUGAGGAUGGUCGGACCCUUGCCGACUACAAUAUUCAGAAAGAAUCCACUCUGCAUCUGGUUCUCCGUUUGAGGGGAGGUAUGCAGAUCUUCGUCAAGACUCUUACCGGCAAGACCAUAACCCUGGAAGUGGAGAGCUCCGACACCAUCGACAAUGUCAAAGCUAAGAUCCAGGACAAGGAAGGCAUCCCUCCUGACCAGCAACGCUUGAUCUUCGCUGGAAAGCAACUGGAGGAUGGCAGGACCCUUGCUGAUUAUAAUAUACAGAAGGAAUCCACCUUGCAUCUCGUUCUCCGAUUGAGGGGAGGAAUGCAGAUCUUUGUCAAAACCCUCACCGGCAAGACCAUAACCCUGGAGGUUGAAAGCUCUGACACAAUUGACAACGUCAAGGCCAAGAUCCAAGAUAAAGAAGGAAUCCCACCUGAUCAGCAGCGGUUGAUCUUCGCCGGGAAGCAGCUAGAGGAUGGAAGGACUCUUGCCGAUUAUAAUAUCCAAAAGGAGUCCACCCUUCACCUGGUUCUGAGGCUUCGUGGGGGUAUGCAGAUUUUUGUGAAGACCUUAACUGGAAAGACAAUCACACUGGAAGUUGAGAGCUCGGAUACAAUUGAUAAUGUCAAGGCCAAAAUCCAGGACAAGGAGGGUAUUCCCCCGGAUCAGCAGAGGCUGAUCUUUGCAGGGAAGCAAUUAGAGGAUGGGCGUACUCUUGCUGAUUACAAUAUCCAGAAGGAAUCCACCCUCCACCUUGUGCUCCGUCUUCGCGGUGGUGAUUACUGAAUCAAAGCUUGCUUCUUUUCAAGUUGUGUCUAGAUGUUUGGUUUCUUGAAUUUCAUAUCAAAUAUGCUAAUGAUAUCAAUAGUACUGUGAUAUGUUACAAAUCUAAUUAAUAAAUAAAUUUUCUUAAUUACGAACAA